AUGAAGUCUCUCACAUCAUUCUUAACAGUUGCUCUAGCUGCAUGCACUGUCACCGAUGCUCGUGGACUACACUAUCAAUCCGAAGCCCCACUGAAUAUCAAGACAACCAGCGGUCAUCUGUCAGGUUUUAUCAACAAGACCGCCCCGGAUGUUCGCCAGUUCCUCGGUGUCGCCUACGCCGAACCUCCUCUCAAGUCCCUUCGCUUCAAACCCCCCAAGCGAAAGCACAGCUCAGAGCACGUUUCAGCCAAGAAGUACGCGCCGUCAUGCAAGCAAAUCAUCAGCAAGAACCCAACAGUCUACACCGAGCACAUGACCCAGUUUCUUAUCAAUGGUGGCGACUCUGAGGACUGCUUGUAUCUCAAUGUCUAUGCUCCGUUGAAACCAACUGCAAAGAAGUUGCCUGUCUUUAUUUACAUCCCCGGCGGUGGUUUUACAGGUGGUGGUGCAGACUCGCUCUACAAGAUCCCCGAUAAGUGGAUCCAAAAGACUCAGUCUCACAUCGUUGUCACAAUGAACUAUCGCGUCAAUGUCUUUGGCUUUCCCAACGCUGAAGCUGCCCAACAAAACGUCGGCCUUCUUGACCAGCGCAUGGUUGUUGAGUGGACACGUGACAACAUUGCAGCCUUUGGUGGUGAUCCUCAUAAGAUGACCCUCUGGGGCCAAUCUGCUGGUGCUGGCUCAGUUGGCAUGUACGGAUACGCUUAUCCAAAGGACCUCAUCGUCAAGGGUUUGAUCUCUGAUUCAGGUGCUCCGGCUAUGCUGGCUAAGGCUUAUGGUAAUCACUCCAGUUUCGACACCCUUGCCGAUAAGGUCGGCUGCAAGGGACUGGAAGGUAAGAAGCAAUUGACCUGCAUGCAACAGGUCGAUGGUUCGAAGUUGCAGAAGGUCUACUCUGAGACACCGACGAUCUCGUUUACUCCUGUUGGAGACAACGUCACAGCGUUCUCUAAUACGACCGACAGACUUGCGAGAGGUUUGGUGACCAGAGUGCCAUGGAUCUUUGGCAACAAUGCCAACGAAGGUGCUGGCUUCGGCACAUACGAUCCUAACGGCGUGACACCAGCCCAGACUGCUAUUGGGCUACAGGCUAUCGUCUGCCCAGUUGCUGCUGAGGUUAAAAACCGUGUCAAGUUCGGAUACCCAACUUACAGAUAUUACUACACCGGAAACUUCUCCAACAUUACUCCCCUGCCCUGGAUCGGUGCGACCCAUAGCGCGGAGCUUCCUCUGCUCUUCGGAACACAUUACGAGUACCGCGGUAACUCCACUAAGUAUGAAUGGGAGGUUGCCGAGGGCAUGCAAGGUCUGUGGCUUUCUUUUGCAAACAACCCCAAGCAGAACCCUCAAGUUGGAAAGAUCACCUGGCCUUUAUAUAAGCCCAAUGAGAACAAGAUGGCUGUUUUUGCAGAGGCUGGAAAGAAGUGGUUUCAGUUAGGCAAAGGGUCCCUGACCGAGACCCAGUGUAAGUAG